UUACGGCGAUAAGAUUAUCGUACCGGCUCGAUAAUUACAUUGGCGAUUGCUCGUUCGUGAAGAAUCUUUCGUCAGUGGCAAAUUAUUCAGGCGAAAAUGUUAUUAUUCUUCCGGUUGGUUUUCGUGAUAUGCACCGUAUAUUCGAUUACAAUUCCCGAAGAUAAAUCUGGGACCAAAAAGAAACUGUCCACGCCCGGAAUUAAGACGAUUCAAUGGCAGGAACAGGAGCAGCAGGUCCCGCAGGCUGGGAAUCACGAUUUGUUUCAGAUAAUUGAAGCAGAGCACACGCACCAACAGGAAGUGGAGCAGUUCGAGCAGGAGUUUGCGUCGAGUAAUGUGGCGCAACAGAGCGUGCACUCGAAACAACCCGAGGCGUACUCAAAGUGUCCCAAGUUGAUGACGGGGCCCGUGCCAUUUGCGUCCUCUUGCAGCCAGUUUUUAAACUGCUACAAGGGGCGGGGGUUCGUGCAGAACUGCGCUCCUGGCACCCUUUUCAACGCGUACACGCUCGAGUGCGAUUACGCGUCGAAAGUCGAAUGCCUUUACGAACCGGAAGACGAUUACACCCAGCAAACCCUUACGAAGCUCAAGCUGAAAACGGGCUGCCCCGCUGGAUUCUCCGGCAUUGUACCCCAUCACUACGACUGCGCCAAGUUUAUCAACUGCGACAAUGGUAAAGAGAUUGUGAUGAAUUGCGGCCCAGGUACGCUGUUCAACUUGAAGAUCAACAGUUGCGACUUCCCCUACAACGCGGAGUGCGCCAGCUGGAGCAGCCAGUUCGAACCAAACCAGGAGACACACGAGGAACUCCAUUCCGAUUACAAAGGCCCCCGCCCGUCUACUCAUUACGAACACAAACCCAAAUGUCCAAAGGACGUGGUCGGGCUCCACCCCCACCCCACCGAUUGCUCGAAAUUUUUGAAUUGCGCCAAUGGGCAAACGUUCAUUCAGGAUUGCGGACCGGGUACGGUCUUCAACCCAAAUCUAAAGGUCUGCGACUUCCCCUAUAACGUCGACUGCGAAACGCAUGAGGAAUACCGCCCUGACAUUGACGUUAGAAACGAACAGAAGGGCGCCGAGAGUACACGAGAGGAAACUCUGAUCUGCCCCCCUAACGCGUACGGCCUGUACCCAUAUCCUCACGUGUGCUUUAAGUUUAUCAGUUGCGUUGACGGGGAGACGACCAUUCUCGCGUGUCCCAAGGGCCUGGUUUUCAAUAUAGCGACGAGAGAGUGCGACUACACCUACAACGUGGACUGUUCCAGAAAAGGAAUGACGAAUGUUUGGGCCAUCGGCCAGCCACAGAAAUGGAAUCAGCAAGGCAACGCCCAAGAAACUACUGAUCAAGGGUAUAAUCAAUGGAAUCAAGGUGGUUUUAACCAAAAUACUGAUCAGUGGAAUUACGGAAAACCAGGGGGUCAACAACAGACUGCGGGUCAAGGUGGUUAUAAUCAAAUUGGAGACAAUUCUCAACAAAGCACAGAUCAAGUGUUUAAUCAAUGGAACCAGAAACCUACAGGUCACGGACAAACCACUGAUCAAGGAUACAACCAGUGGAAUCAGAAACCUACAACUAACGGAAAACCAGGGGGUCAACAACAGGCUACGGGUCAAGGGGGUUAUAAUCAAAUUGAAGAAAAUUCCCAACAAAGUACAAAUCAAGGGUUUAAUCAAUGGAACCAAAAACCUACAGGUCACGGGCAAACCACUGAUCAUGGAUACAACCAGUGGAAUCAGAAACCUACAACUAACGCAAAACCAGGGGGUCAACAACAGGCUACGGGUCAAGGGGGUUAUAAUCAAAUUGAAGAAAAUUCCCAACAAAGUACAAAUCAAGGGUUUAAUCAAUGGAACCAAAAACCUACAGGUCACGGACAAACCACUGAUCAAGGAUACAACCAGUGGAAUCAGAAACCUACAACUAACGGAAAACCAGGGGGUCAACAACAGGCUACGGGUCAAGGGGGUUAUAAUCAAAUUGAAGAAAAUUCCCAACAAAGUACAAAUCAAGGGUUUAAUCAAUGGAACCAAAAACCUACAGGUCACGGGCAAACCACUGAUCAAGGAUACAACCAGUGGAAUCAGAAACCUACAACUAACGGAAAACCAGGGGGUCAACAACAGGCUACGGGUCAAGGGGGUUAUAAUCAAAUUGAAGAAAAUUCCCAACAAAGUACAAAUCAAGGGUUUAAUCAAUGGAACCAAAAACCUACAGGUCACGGGCAAACCACUGAUCAAGGAUACAACCAGUGGAAUCAGAAACCGACAACUAACGGAAAACCAGGGGCUCAAAAACAAACUACGGGUCAAGGUGGUUACAAUUACAAUCAAAAUGUGGACAAGACCCAACAAAGCACAGAUGAAGGGUUUAAUCAAUGGAACCAAAAACCUACAGGUCACGGACAAACCACUGAUCAAGGAUACAACCAGUGGAAUCAGAAACCUACAGCUAACGGAAAACCAGGGGGUCAACAACAGACUACGGGUCAAGGUGGUUACAAUCAAAAUGUGGACAAGACUCAAGAAAGCACAGAUCAAGGGUUCAAUCGAUGGAACCAAAAACCUACAGGUCACGGACAAACCACUGAUCAAGGAUACAACCAGUGGAAUCAGAAGCCUACAACUAACGGAAAACCAGGGGGUCAACAACAGACUACGGGUCAAGGUGGUUAUAACCAAUUUGGAGGCAAUUCCCAACAAAGUACAAAUCAAGGGUUCAAUCAAUGGAACCAACAAAAUACCGGCCAGAGUCAGAGACCAAAUUCCGGACAGGUCAAAGGCCAAAAAAACCAAAAGCUGAAGCAAGACAAUCAGAACGCAAUCGACGGUUUAAAACCGCAACCUCCGAAGCCUUUCGUCAAUUUCAAAUUUAAGGACACCUGCUCGAUCUUGGACUUCUACUGUACGCCGACCCAGUGCAUACCGAAGGGCAUGCAUUGCGACGGCGUCGUCGACUGCCCGAACGGCGACGAUGAGAAGGACUGCGACUCGAUGCUCAAUCAGUUCGCGGCGAUUCCCAAUCACAUUCUGGCGGUGCGCGAGAAGGAGAAGUUCUACAACGUUAGCAUGUUGAACUGCGCGCGCAGCUGUCUCGACAGCAAGGGGUUCCAGUGCAGGUCCUUCUCCUACAGGAGAGACGACGGGUGUUGUUUUCUGAGCGACGGCAACGUCGGUACGACCGGCGCCCUCAUUCUUUCCUACGCGUACGACUACUUCGAGAUGAACGCGCUCUCGAUGAACUGCAGUAACCUCCACGUGUGCCCGAACAAGAAGUGCAUCGCGAACAAGCAGAUUUGCGACGGUGUCAACGACUGCGGGGAUCGUACCGACGAGAAGGGUUGCAGCGCCAAGGCGUUCGGUUACGAAGUCAGGCUCGCCAACGGAAAGACGAAAGACGAAGGAAGAUUGGAAAUUAAAGCAUUCGGAAACGUCGGCUACGUGUGCGACGACAAAUUUGGGUUGAGGAACGCGGAGGUCGUCUGCAAGGAGUUGGGAUUUCCGCUGGGCGCGCUCGAGGUCAAGGGGAACUCGUACUACGCCCAAGAUUUGGACGACGACGUAUUUUACAUGAUGGAUGACGUCAUAUGCCUCGGAAACGAGACGAGCUUGCGCGAUUGCGACUUUAACGGGUGGGGAAUCAGCAACUGCGAGGCGCAGGAGGUUGUGGGCGUCGUCUGUAAAACGCCGCAAGAGAACUGUCCCAAGGAUCACUGGAAGUGCGACAGCGUCCAGGAAUGUCUUCCGCUUUCGUUCGUCUGCGAUGGUGUUAACGACUGCACGGACGAGUCGGACGAGGCCUCGCAAAAUUGCGACGCCCCAACCGAAUUGCGGCUCGCGGACGGCAAGACGAAGUACGAGGGUCGAGUGGAGGUGCGUUACCACGGCAUAUGGGGAACCGUCUGUGAUGACGACUUUAAUGAGGACGCCGCGAAAGUCGUGUGCAAAUAUCUCGGAUACCCGGGGAAGGCGGUUGUCAAAAAGGAUGGCACUUUCGGACCAGGUACCGGACCAAUAUGGUUAGACCAAGUCUUCUGUCAAGGCAAUGAGAGCGCUCUCCAGCACUGCGUGCAUUGGAACUGGGGCGAGCACAAUUGCGAGCACACCGAAGAUGUCGGGGUCGCGUGCAGCAACAUCGCCCCUGACUUUCCAGAAGUUGUAGAGUCGGAGCGGAACGCGCAUGUUGAAAACCUACCCGAAAACGUUUUCAUGGACCAGUGCGGGUUGAGAAAGGAUGCGAUGUUCCUGGCCGAGAGCGAAGUCCACUUUCGCGUAAUCGGAGGAGCGGUGGCGACUCGUGGCGACUAUCCAUGGCAGGCCAGUCUCCGCAUCAAAAACCAAUCAAAAAUGACUCACUGGUGCGGCGCAAUAGUGAUCUCGAAGAAAUUCAUCCUCACGGCCGCACACUGCCUGCAAGGUUUUUCGAAGGGGGCGUACAUGGUUGUGGCCGGCGAUUACAAUACGGACGAGGACGAGGGAACAGAGCAGGAGGCCUUCAUCGAGGAAUUCUACAUUCACGAAGAUUUCCGAAAGGGCCAAAAGAUGAACAACGACGUCGCUAUAAUCAAGCUGAAAGGCGACGGAUUUAGGCUCACCCGUGACGUACAACCCAUCUGCAUGCCCGACAAGGACAUCGUGUAUGAAACCGGACUUAACUGCACGAUUUCCGGUUUCGGGACGAUCCAGAGCGGAAAGUCGCUGUACUCGCACGACAUGCGUGCCGCGUGGAUACCGCUGAUCGACCAGGAGGUGUGCCGGAUGCCGCACGUGUACGGAAGUACGAUUACAGAGGGCAUGUUCUGCGCCGGGACACUAAACGAGGGCGCCGAUGCUUGUGAGGGCGAUAGUGGCGGCCCCCUGGCGUGCCUUCACGACGGUUAUUAUACCUUGUAUGGAAUUGUGUCGUGGGGACACCAUUGCGGUCACGCGAACAAGCCUGGAGUUUACGUUCGAGUUGCCAAGUACCGUAAAUGGAUUGAUGACACCAUUUUAAAGCAUAUUUAAGUGACAUGACAUGUACAAAUUUAUGUUUAAAAAGUAGAUUGUAAUUCCGUAAUUAAAAGCGAACCACGCUAACUCUGC